AUGGGUCGUCGACGAAUCCUUUGUGUGGGUUUAAUCGCCCUUGAUAUUGUGAACACAUGUGAACGUUAUCCGGAAGAGGACGAAGAUCUCAGAGCAAUUUCACAGAGAUGGCAAACGGGAGGCAAUGCUUGUACGAAUGCCUCGAUAUUAGCUAAGUUGGGAAUGGAGUGCGAGUUUCUUGGUUCAAUGUCACAUGGCGGGGAGGCUGACUUUGUUUGCAAACAUUUGCUCGAGAGAGGGGUACGAUAUGAUAAUUGUGUUCGCCAUAGAGGCUGUGGAACUCCAACUUCGUUUGUAACGCUCAGCUUGACAACUGGCAGCAGAACGGUCGUCCAUUCAAGAAAUAAUCUUCCAGAGUUAACAAACGACACCUUUGAAAAACUCGACUUGUCGGACUACGACUGGAUUCACUUUGAAGGCAGAAGGAAUGAAGACGAGAUUGUGAAGAUGAUCUCCGCUGUUGAAGAUUAUAAUUCCGCUCAACUGCCAAAGAACAAAAUCAUUGUUUCCGUAGAGUUGGAAAAACCAAGAAACAGUCUUUUAUUGUUGCUUGAUAAAGCUGAUGUCGUUUUCGUAAGCAAAGAUUUUGGCCAAUUCAUGGGUUUUUCCUCGCCUUCUGAGACCGUUAAAUCGCUACAUACGAAAUGUAAGAAAGGUGCCACAGUUAUAUGUCCCUGGGGAAUAAAAGGUGCAGAUGGAAUCGGGCCGGAAAAUAUGGAAACCCACAGCGAUGCCUUCCCACCUGAGAAAGUUACUGAUACCCUUGGAGCCGGGGACACAUUUGUUGCCGGUGCCAUUUGGAGCCUCAUGCAAGGAUCUUCACUGAAUGAUACGUUGACUUUUGCUUGUAAACUGGCAGGGUUUAAAUGCGGUAUGAACGGAAAUGAUGGGCUCGUGGACGCAUUUUUCCGAGAGAACAAACUAUGA